GAGCUUCUGAGCUGCCGAGCUGGAGGCUGGAGAGCUGGGCUGGCGACGCUGGCGAGCGCCGGCCCCGCCCGCGGCGCCCGCGGCUCGCGGAGGAGAUGGCGAGCUCAUCUCAAGGCUGCGGCUCGCAGCCUCCAGAGCCGCCGCGCGCCGCCGGCGCCACCCUCGACGAGGGCACGCUCAACGCCAUCGAGUUCAAGCGCCAGGUCGCCAGGAAGCUGCGCCAGUUCAAGCACGAGACCCCCAGGCUGGGCAUGUGCAUCUACUUCGUGGUGUCCAUCUUGGCGCUGUCUUCCUUGAACACGGGCCGUACCAUAGCCUUCAGUCUGAUCACGGAGCUCCCGAGCCCGCACUGGCGCAACUACUUCUUGUCCUUCGGCUCCGAGGUGUUCACCAUGGGCAGGGGCGUGGGCCCCAUCCUGGCCGGCUGCAUCGCCGACAGGCGCGUGCUGAUCGGCGUGUGCGCAGUUUCCGCAUGGUGGGUGGGCCACGCCUGGGCCAGGGGCGCGUUGGAGCACGAGGAGCACGAGCUCGGCCCGGCCAGGGCAGAGCUCGGCGAGGCGCCGCUGGAGCAGGAAGCGGAGCCAACUAUGAUGGACGAGAUCAGGAAGGACAUCGACGAGUGGUGGUCGGCGUUCGAGUGGUGGGCAUCGACGAGUGCCCCCAGUGGCGCUACGCCUUCGCGGCGCGAGGGGGGCACCCCGGCCGCCAAGGCGCG